AUGUCAGUUUCUGGAUCAUCUUCCCAUGGUACCAGGCCGGUUUCUCACCGUAACUCGUUCCGAAGGGAGUCUGUGGUGAUGAGGGAUGUUUCUACUAGUUGGGGAUCCAUCACUAUCGGAUCCUGGUUGAAAGAUGAAGUUAUGAUGUACAACACAACUAACAAUGCAGCAGCUUUCAACAAUAAUAACGGUUCCAACACUCAAAGUAGCAACUCCAAUUAUCACUAUCCCCUUAUCAACCCUCGUAGAGGCUCGUUUCGGUUUACUGGGAACAACAAUGGUAAUGGUUACAGUAAUCCCAACAAUAUGAACAACAGUAACGUCAACAACGGCAACAACAACAAUCACAAUGCUAAUAUGAAUUACAUGCAUUCAAUGUCUCCACCAAUUCAGCAUUCCGCCGCUUCUUAUCUACCUGACUUGGAAGCAGAUUAUUGCAAGGACUAUUCCUGUUGUGGUCAAUUACUUCCUACGCUUCAUGAUUUGUUGCGUCAUUACGAGGAAGCCCACAUUUCUCCAUCACCCCCAUCAGACCAUUCCGCUCAUCCGCAGAUUCACAACCCUCAUCAUUAUGACCCCAACCAGAGUAUUCCUGGUUCUUUGCACCAUGCUUCCCAUGGUACUGGAGCCCACGAUAUUCCUCAUGAUCCUGAUGCAAUGGAUGAAGACAUGAUACACCAUGCACUGAGCCACCAUCAUCAACUUCAAUCGCCUCAUCUGUUUGCUCGUGCUAGAGCUCAACUUAGCACCAACAACAGCAUAAUGGAAACAGUUUCUACCAACGAUGUGUUUUUGAAUAACACCCACAAUAGACAUCAUAAUCCACAUCAUAUGUCAAACACUAGCAUGCAUCAUCCUGCUACCUCUGGAGCAAGUCUAGACUUAGCUCUGGCGACAACCUCUUCAAAUCUUCAGAGUCAUCAUUUCAAUAUCCAACCACAGACAAUUCAGCAACAAUCCGUUCACUCUUCUAGGCCUGGCAACUCUAAUACGAAAACUUCUGCGGGCUCUGGCAGAGUCAACCAAGAAAUUCAACAAGAGCAACAAAAUCAACAACUAGCUCGGUUACAGCAACAACUGCUGCAGCAACUGCAUCAAAGCCAUCAUCAACAACAGCUGCAACUGCAACUGCAACUGUCACAACUGCAACAAAAUCAACAAAGUCGUCAUCAACUGCCUCAAACUCCAAACCAUCAACUGCAACAAAGUCAUCAACAAGCUCAAGCUCAUCAAAGCCACCAGCAACAGCAACGUAAUUCCAGCUUGUCUCAAGUGCGGCAAUCAAACCAACGGCAGCAACAACGUGUUAGUCAAGGUUCUGGAAACGGGAGUUCAUUCUCUCGUUCUCAAAAGAAUGGAGGCAAUGAGGAUGAAGAUGCGAUGUAUAUUGAUGAUCCUGCUAGGCAUUUGUACAUUAUGGAGAAUUCUGAAAAUAAGCCUUUUAGAUGUCCAGUUAUUGGAUGUGACAAAAUGUAUAAGAAUCAGAAUGGGUUGAAGUACCAUCGACUUCAUGGUCACCAGAAUCAGAUGCUUCAAGAGAACCCUGAUGGGACAAUUAGUGUAAUUGACCCUGAGCUGAAUACUCCUUACUUAGAUGGAGCUAGUAUGGAGAAGGACAAGCCAUACCGAUGCGAGGUAUGCGGUAAACGAUACAAGAACUUGAAUGGUUUAAAGUACCAUAGGGGACACACUACUCACUAA